UCAGAACAGCUCAAACAUAACCACUGCAUUGAACGGAGUAAUCCAGUCGGCUUUGCGUUCGGCUGGGUAACGGAUCGAGUAUUGUCAUGACUGGUGGAGCUUUUUGUUCUUGAAGGAAGUAUCUAGGAUAGAUACAAUGCUGUAUUCAAUCCGCGUGCUGUCAAAAAGAGCAUUUGGCGCUAAGACUCGGUGUUGGCGCUUCGGGAAUAACCGUACGGCGAGCACCUUGGCUUGAGUCGAUCGAUCUGAGAACAGGGGGUGGGGCAUAGCCUUCAGGUGCGUCCAGGGUGUUGGUUCGAAGCGACACUCGGCUUCAAACAGCGUUCUUUGCAAGACUGUACAGCUUGUAUGAAGCGGUGGAUCUAGCAGAUUUCAAGUUAGUGACAACACCGAUCGUGUUUCAAAAUGGCGAGCGGCGAGGAUAGAAACACUGAAAAUAGUGUAGUUCGCUACAACACGACCAAUGACCCCGAAGCUGUGCACGUGGAUCUUCAAUCGCCGGCCAAAAACCGAUACAAGGGCACCCCACUGAGCCCUAACAAGAAAGCCCCCAUCGUCCUGUUCGAGAGAGCGUCAGGGAGCUGGUGGAACCCGACUUUUGAUUCCAAGAUUCUGGAAGAUCAACUCUGGAGUUGCUACUUGCCACAAACUCGGAGACGGUUCCAAUAUGCUCUCUUCUACAUUGUGACAGCAUGUUUAGCAUGGCUUAUAUUCUUCGGUCUGACCAAGGAACUAAACUGGAUGUAUUUCCUUGGCGGCACAGGAUGUUUGCUUGCUGUGACUCUGCUCAUCUUUGGAUUUACAAAGAUCCCAUUAUAUGAACGUUUUUAUUUGCCAACUUCUAUCGUCUUUGUGCUUUUCCUUAUGGCCUUGAUCCUAUGUCCCUUUGCCUUUAAGUCCUCCUCAGAUCUCUCGACAAUUGGGUCUUUUUCAGGAUCUGUUGAAAUUCUUCUAAUGAUAUACACCUUCAUACCCAUGCCACUGUUCGCUGCAGUGUUGAUAGGCAUUGUCUAUUCCAUUUUGUACGAAAUUUUGGUAGCACUUACGAUAACAGGAAUGCAAGAGGCUACAUUCAUUAUCGGGAAAAUUUUGCUCCAUUGUUGUAUCCAUUUGAUAGGGAUCCAUAUUUUCAUAAUGUCCCAAGUUCGUCGUCAUAGUACCUUCUGGAAGAUCGGACAAUCAGUGAUGUCGCGUCGAGAUCUGCAGGUUGAGAAACAGCUGAAGGAAAAGAUGAUCCAUUCUCUUAUGCCGCCGUCAGUUGCAGAUGCUGUGAUGAAGUCACGUGACAAAGAUGAAGACGAACCAGAAGACCAAAAGAGCAGGAAAAAGAACAAGAACCGAAAACAGGAACCUGACAAAGGAAAAAUUCGAUUCAGACCAUUCAACAUGAACCAGCUAGAUAAUGUAAGUAUCCUGUUUGCAGACAUUGUCGGCUUUACGAAAAUGAGUUCCAAUAAGACUGCCGAGCAUUUGGUGAGUCUCCUGAAUGACCUGUUUGGAAGAUUUGACAAGCUGUGUACUAACUGUGGAUGUGAGAAGAUCAGUACCCUUGGUGACUGUUACUACUGUGUGUCUGGAUGUCCCGAGCCUCGCCCAGACCAUGCCAUAUGCUGCGUGGAGAUGGGCCUGGGAAUGAUUGAACUGAUCAAGAAGUUUGAUGAGGACAACCAAGAGGAGGUUAACAUGAGAGUGGGAGUUCACACCGGAACCGUACUCUGUGGAAUUGUCGGAACGAGAAGGUUCAAAUUCGAUGUGUGGUCCAAUGAUGUCACUCUUGCCAAUACAAUGGAGUCAUCUGGCCGUCCAGGAACUGUUCAUAUAUCAGAGAUGACCUACAAGUUCUUGAAGGAUCUGUAUGAGGUGGAAGAAGGAGAGGUAGUUGAAGACCUGAACACCAACAAGACCUUGAUUGAGCACUAUGACAUCACCAAGUCCAGCUUCACCAUCAGGCACACCGAGGACCUCAACGAUAUCCGGACUUACUUCAUCCUGGGCCCGAAGAAGAAGGAAGGGACGAGCCCCGAGGCUGAACCUGCUCAGACAUCCAACAGCACCGUCAUUCCGAUAGAAGAUGGCAGCACCCCCGAGGCAGAAAAGGCCAAGCCUGCAGCCGACCCAGCCUCAGGGGGAGACAACUCUGUCACUGCCACAUCCAACCACCCAGACAGGGAGGCCCCAGAAAUUAAUGGAGUGACGCCUACUGCCUUGCUGGGCCGCAGACACAGCAGCGGCUUCUUCGCCAGCACAACCUCAGUGGACCGUAUUCCAGAAGAAGGUAAAUCGUUUAACCAAACCAGUCUCUCUCGCCUGUUUUGCUGUGUAGACUCGCAUUCAUCAGCAUCUGAUCAUGUGACUAAACCCUGCCGACCUUCCUCAUCCCAUCUAAACAAUAACGUUACCUGUGCUUCUAAAUCAUCUUCUCAGACCUCAGAUGGCAAACCAGGCAAUCUCGGAGCAGUGAAAGCGGUGCAUGAUAAUGGUAUCGGCCGGGCAUUCUCCGCUGACUUUAUUAUGUACGUGGAUGAUCCUAGCACGAUGCCUAUGAACGAAACCUGGACAAAGAUGCGCCGCAUCCGUGACCAAAAUGAUAAACAGAUCAUCAAAUGCCUACAACAAGACGUGACAAAUAAGGAGUUCUUCUACCAGCCCCCAAUCAACAAGUGUACGUUGAGCUUCAACCAGAGCGAACUGGAGGAAGACUACCGGGACCAUUACCUUGAGAGCCAGCUGUUCCGGGAAGAAGCCACGGCAUCACCACGCUACCACUCGCUCCUGGAGAUCAUCGUGUCUCUCAUCGUCUUCACCAUCAUUUCUAUCUGUUGCUUUAUUAUGUUUGGUUGUGAGCUGCCAUGGAUCAUCGUGUUUUGUAUCGCUCUGGUCAUCGAGAUCCUGGUCCUGGUUCAAGUGAUCAUCAGCCAGGACAAGGCCGAACAGUUCGAGACAGUCAUGCAGCUAGUGUCUGGUUGGUACUUCCGAAACUUCCUUGGGGCUCUUGUAGCAAGUCUGCCUGCUGUUGCUGUCUAUUCCAACUUGUCGUGUACGUUGAUUCAUGACCAGAGGGACCGGGAUUAUUUCCUGUGUUUCUGUAUUGUUGUGUCCAUUCUUCACUUCUGUAACUUCACGAUGUUGAGUUCGUGGCUGAAGUCCAUUGUAGCAGCCAUAGCUGGCAUCAUCCUUCUAAUCCUCCUCAACAUCGAACUCUGUCCGCUUGAAUCUGAUUUGAACCUCUCAGCCACUUACAACGCAAGCGUCACGCCCUCCAACAUCACCUUGAACAUGCCCUUACCAGUAGGAAAUGAUACCUAUCGUCGCCUCUUCACAGGACGAAGCUACAUCCGUUACGAGAUUAUCUUGGAUAUGAUACUUCUGCUUCUACUCAUCUUGUUCAUGAAUCGAGAAUUUGAGAUUAGCUACCGCCUUAGCUUCUAUGGCAGUGCUCAGGCUGACCGAGAUCAGAAGCAGAUGCAUGAUAACAAGGAUCAAGCUGAUUGGCUGCUGCACAACAUUAUCCCACAGCACAUCUCCGACAUCGUCAAGAAAACAUCCAAGUAUUCCAAGAACCACAAAGACUGUGGUGUCAUCUUUGCCGCCAUAGUCAACUUCAAUGAGUUUUACGAUGAGUCGUAUGAAGGUGGAAGGGAAUAUUUGCGAGUGCUGAACGAGUUGGUCAGUGACUAUGAGGUACUCCUUGAUCUGCCGCAGUACAAAGAUGUAGAGAAGAUCAAGACAAUCAGUAGCACCUUCAUGGCCGCAUCAGGACUCAAUGAGCAGAGUCGGGCAAAGAAUGAAGAUCCCAAAGCACAUCUGUACGCCCUGCUGUGCUUUGCCAUGGAGCUACAAAAUGUGGUAACAAGAUUUAACGAGAGUAUCUUCAAUUUUGAAUUCAUCCUGAACAUUGGAUUUAAUUAUGGGGAGGUAACUGCAGGGGUUAUUGGAACAACUAAAUUGUUAUAUGACAUUUGGGGCGACACGGUCAAUAUCGCCAGUAGAAUGUAUUCCACAGGCGUGGCAAACAAAAUACAAGUGCCGCAGUCAACAGCUACUUACUUAGCAGAUAUGUUCGAGUUUGAAUACCGAGAUGAGAUAACGGUCAAAGGAAAGGGUCAGAUGAAGACGUAUCUUGUUGUUAAGAAGAAGGACUCUGCUGAAUGGAAAUGAGAAGAUGUCAAACCUAAAUUAUCAAGAUGGCUUCUCGGGUAUGUGAUGGUUGCUGGUGAUACUGAAGAUAUGAUUUUCACAUGAAGAAGAUACCCGUGAUGUUGACAGCAAAUAUUGAAAUACAAGCAAGACUGUUCCUGCCCCAGUGAUGAUCACCAGCAGAAGUUAUUGGAUCUUGCCACUCAUGGUUGGUUAUGCUUCAAUAGAACAAACAUUUAACUAUGUGAUUACUGGUAUUGAUACGAGGGUAUCAUACUGUAUGUGGUGCUCACUGACGUCACAUCCAGACUCACUGAGUGAGAGAAGGAUGAAGAUUGUGAGGUCCCUCUUAUGCCACCUUACAUUACAGGAUCCAUGAAUGUCUUAAAACAAAUCCACUGUGCUGGUGACAAACUUUAGAAACCAACAUUGAGAUAAUGAAGAUAGACAGGAGCAGCAGUGAGGUGACUAAAGAACAUAAUUAAAAUUCAUGGACAGAAGCACUGGUGGAUGUUCCCAUAUCAGCAACAUUCUUUGACACUUAAGAAACUGAAGUGAUUCUUCUGCAAAGAAUUAAGCUGAUUCCAAGCAUGUAAAAUGGAUGAUCCUAAAGCAGAAGCUUGCCCAUGAUCAGCACAUAAUCCAUGGUUUUUGUGACAGGAUAUCUAUUCCUCAAGGAGCAACAUACAGUCUCUGUCUGUCUACUCAAGUAUUCUUACCACACAAGUAGAACUUGUGUACAUUGAUGUGUGUAUUCAACAGACUGGCACAAGUCUGGAAGUGGUCAGCAGUUCAGAUACUCUGACCUUCCUUGAUGUAUUGUCAGGAUAUGAGCUCAAAGUACAUGUCAACUCUGUCAUUGCAUUUAAUUUCAUGAACUACUUCUAUUACCAGCAUGUUUCAUUGUCUCCAUAAUACCAGACUGAGGCUGGGCUUACCAGAUUGAGGCUGGAUGAUACCAGACUGAGGCUAGACAUCAGAGUGAGGCUGGAUGAUAUCAAACCGAGGCUGGGCAUUACAAGAUUGAGGCAAAGACUGUUCAGUCCUGUAUAGCUGCUAGACAGGACAGUAAUUACUUGGAGGAAGGAUCUUAGCUUGGAAGUCCUAUAUAUAAACUGGCAGAAGAGAUGUUCCGGCAUCAGUAUCUGUUGGUGAUUUAUCAGCAUAAUUACUUCACUGAAUCCACUUUUACUUGACAAUGAAUGUGAUUCUUUUACCACUGUGUAAAAGAAGAGAUAUUUCAAGACAGACACUCAAACUCUGUUGUGUUUUUAACAUUGCAUUUAUCAUGCUUACAAGAAUCAUGUUUUCAUACCUCAACGUCUGUAUCCUUGCUAAGCUGACAUAUGCCACAAAUAUGUGUACCGGUAAUAUGAAGUGAAGUUUUGUGACAUGUUAUUAUAUCAAAUUCUUAUUUAGAAGUUGCUGUCCCAAAGUAUUGUAUAAAUAUAACAUUAUUUGAUGUUCAGGGGACAUCUAACACAGUAUGCCGUGACUGGUAGAUGUUUUCAAGAGGUAUUUAACUUUAUUUAAAGGUAGAUCUAUAUUUGUACCUGAGGCAAACAUCCAUGUAAUGAAAAUAACCGGUACAGUUCUGUGUUCUAUUUUGUAGAAGAAUUUAUGAACACAAUGGUUUUUCUGCAAAAACAAUUAAUACCUGCUCAGAGGCUCAUGAUUCUGAAUGAAAUAUUGGUUAAACUUCCCAAAUUGGAACAGAACAAAUUACAAUGUUGUUCCAGGAAUAACUAAUGUUACUGCAGUGCAGGGCAGAUUUGCAUUUUACUUCUAACAGAACCAAUGAACAAGAAAAAUCUGUAACGUUUCGUUUUGCAUUUGAAAGAAACAUUAUAAUACCCCUAAAUUUACAAAAAUAUGGAUGUUUUCAGAAAACCCUAUUUUUGAACAAAUUACCUAUUUUUCACUGUUUGCCAAAUGCACGUGGUUUGUUACCCCAGAGUAAUCCCUGUUCUGAGAACAAGGUUUUUUACUUUUUGUUUUCAAUGAUGACAAUUAUCUAUUGUUUUAUAUGCAUUUGGGAAAGUGACAAACUCAGGAUACAUGUUUAUAAAUGGAAAAAAGAUCAAUAAGAAUACGUCUCAGUGCGAUUGUUUUUAGAUUUGUGUUCCUUGGAUUUACAUUUUCUGCUUUUGCUUUCCGAAAAUUUUAUUAUGGAAAACUACAAUGUUUUGGGAAGUAAUUCUUUAAACUCUAAUUUCUCUGAAUUUACACUUUUAAAACUUUUUUGUUGCUUUAUUUUAGAUAUUUUUGGUUAGAUCUUGUUUUCAGCAGUAGAUUUAGAUAUUUUAGAAAAAUUCACUUUGAAGAUUUUUUUUUCAUAUGUAAAUAUGCUGAUUUAAGAUAAUGUGAAGCAAGGUUAGCAUGCUCAGUUGGAAGAUAUUCACUUCAAAUGUAGAUAAAUCUCUCGACUUUUCAUAUCAUACCAGCAUAUCUACCUUAACACUCCCUAUAUGAGUUGCCUUGGCUAUAACAAUUUGAUGAUUCCAGUUAGAAGAGGUGUGUUGUAAAAGGUGAUUUAAUGGUGGUCAGACUUGGUGGAUUGCAUCCUGAAGACAGGAAUUGUUGCUCAUAAUAAUAUCAAUCACUGGUUUGUCUGGUCAAAACUUGAUUAUUACAGGUGAUUGUCCUAUAACUGGAAUAUUGCCAUGUGCCUCAAACAUUCAGCAUUGGUGUUUCGUGAUACUUGCAGCCUGAACGGAGGAUCACAUCUGAUGGUCCAAUUUUUACAACAAAAUGAAUGUAAACUUAAUGACAAUCAUCACAAUAUAAAGAUACUUAAAAUUCAAAAUGUAUUUUGGGAACAGCCAAGUAGAUUGACCAUCCAACUUAACUAAAUCGCCUCUUUAGAAAACCGUUGGUGAGCUGGUGUCAAAGUGAAACCUGUACCCUUAAAGGUGUUCAGUUUCACAUCUUACUAUCUAGAUACAUAUCGUAUUGUGACACAAUGUGUUGUUACAGUUGUGUUGACCACCUUCACUUGAUUGUCAUCAUGAAGAACCAGUGUCGAGUUGACGUCAAGACAAGGCAACUUGUAAAGGGAAAUAACUCCACAAACCAUAUCGACUGGCAUUUACCGUUUGUCUUGUCAAGUUUUGUUACUUCAACAGUUUUAUCACUUUGAAUUUUUGGAUAUCAUUGAACUUAUCUUAAACACUCCUCCAGCUCUCAAGUUAUUGUUUUGGAAUAGGAACAUUAUGGAAAAUGUUAGUUUGUGUGAGAGUCAUCUGUCAAAGGUAAUCAAGUGUCCAUUUUCGGCAGCCAUUUUGGAACCAAGCAACCAUUGGACAGUUUUUAUCAUCAAAUUUUCUUCCAAGGAUAGUAUCAUUCUUCCUGGAUCUUGAAGCAGCUUUCAAAAUGUCAUCUGGAGCAGACGGCUUGCUUGACCCUUUCCUUGUUGGCCAGUUUGGCAGAUAUAUCCUGUGAUUUAUAUGCAUCAUUGUCUGGAGUCAAGUGAGCUGAAGAUUUAGUUUAAAAUUGGAGAUGUGUGUCAUGUUUUGUGGACGUUAUUUUUCUAUUAAACUUCCGUCAUGUCUGAGUGAUGCCAUAUUAUCCUGAUGUUCUAAAGCAGUUACAGGCAGUUCAAAUAACAUUACUUCUGUUUCCAAAUCAAGGUUGGUUGAUUAGCAUGUAUGUGAAGCUGGUGUCUUCUCUUGCUGUGGUAUUGCUAGAAUGUUGCUGAAAUAUUGCUGAAAGAGGUGUUCAACCCAACUCACUCAUUCCCACAUGAACGGUAACAUUUAGUUGUUUUAUCCAUUAAGUCAGGCAGAAUUAGUGAGUAAGAUCAUAUGUCAUUGAAUUUGAAGGGUGAUCUCCCAAAAUAGUCACUCAAAACCAUAUUUUGUUAUCCAUUACAUCAGCGAUCCACUUUCAACUAGUCAUGUUUACUAUGAUCAAUGGCUGAGAUAUUGAUAUUGGCUUUGUAUUAUAUCGUGAAGUGACUUGAAUUGUACACACUAUGAAGUUGUGAAAUUUAGCCAUUCUAUAUUCAUUGUUUCUGUGAACCUGACUUUUUCCUUAAAACCAAGAAAGUAUUAUUUUCGUGUUUACUACAGGGCACCUAACCAGUUGAAGUAGUUUUCUUGUAUGAUUGUUUUGUGUUGUGUUCCAAGCACCCUCCAACGAAAGGAUAAUUGAUUAGUAGGACAAAUUACUACGAGGAAGCUAUGUCUCAUUGCCUGACACAGUCAACUGAUCGUUGGUACAGUCAACUGAUCGUUGGUACAGUCAACUGACUUUAAGGUGAUGUCACAGUGACAUUAUUGUCAGGAACUGUUGCAGUCAGAUUGUCAGACGUUGUCUCAGUACAUUUGUUGAUACAGUCACUGAUUGUCAGACAGUUCAUGUGGCUGUCAGACCAUUACAAUCAAGUGAUUGUCAGACACUGACAGUUCAUUGUGAGAUACUGUCAGUCAGCUGAUUGUCACUUACGGUAAACUGGUAGUCGGAAACUCUUGCAGUCAGCAGAUUAUCCGAAUAUGACAGUAAAUUCAUGGGACACGGUAAUAGUCAAGGCUUGGCAUACAGUUUUAGUUAUCUCUUCAAUUUAACAAUGAAAAUUGGGUCUUGGUUAAUUUUUAAAGGGGUUCGUCUUCAUACGUUCCUUGGAAAAUGUGAAUUGUUCUUCAAAGAACAGCAUCAAUGUUGGAAAUUUUUCUUUUGAUUCAGCCAUUCAUGAAAUUGCUUUGGAAGAGGAAGAUCAAUUGUCAUAAAAAAUUAUAAUUCUCAGACUAGCAUGCUGUUCGAUAUCAUAUAUUUCCUUUGGGAUUUAAGAAACAAUCCCAAGCAUUGAUCAUAAAGAACUGCUGAAAAUCCCCUCAUGCUGGUUGGAUCCCAUUCCAGAACUGGGGGACCAACCAACCAUUUAAUCCCUUGAUUACUUGCAAAGAAACUAUUUCAUGUCAUUCCUUUAAGACAUUCAAUUUUAAGAAUGCCUUUCACCUAGCAAUUUAUCUUUUAGCCCAAAGCAUACUAUUUUGAUCGUCUGAUUAAUUUUUCCUGAAUAGAAAUACCAGGUACUCCCAAAAUUAGAAUGGUAGGUUGCAUAAGCUGAGUGUUGGUUGUCAUGGCAACUGUGGAACUUGAGUAUAUGCCAUAGCUCAAUGUUAUCCCCUGAGAAACGCAAUUAUCAGUAAUCCUUCGAUUUCAGAGUUGGAAUGCCUGAAUAUGUGGAAAAACCAUUUACAUAAAGUGUACACUCUAUAUUUGAUGAUAAGGAUCUGAUCGUUUGUGUUGAAUAGUUUGUGUAUUUGUUGGUCUAUUGUAAAUAUACCUAAACUUCACCGUGCUCAGUCAACCAUCGUGUGUGUAAUAUUUCAUACAUAUACAUACAUAUAUAUAUAUAUUUACUGUAUUUUUGACAUUUCUUAUUUAUUCAUCAUAUCAUGAAGGUGUAUGCUUUUGAAAAUGAAUAUUGUAUCUUUUCUAAUAAGCAUGUUAAUGUCGUAGGAAAGUUGUCUGUUACUAUCAACAUCAGGGAUGGGAAGUUUGAGGUGAUGGGAAACAUCAAGGGAGGUAAUCACAAAUAAAAAUCAUUAUUUUGUGAAAUCAUGUUUUGUAUAUUUCAAAAAUGUUAUUUGUCAAAUUGAAAGUAUUGAAAAUAGAAAUAAGGUAUGUAGGAGGUUUUCUAUGUCUUUUAAUCAGUCGCAUGUGUUUAUGAUUCAUGUCACAGAUAUCAAAUAGAAAAUAUUCAUGACAGCAUCUUGUGUGCAACUCAAACCAUUUUAUUUUAACCAAGUAUGUGAAAAAUACAGUUUUGUUUAAUGUAAGGGAGUGUAUACUACAUAAAUAUUACUCCAGUAUUUUACAUUCUCUUGUUUUUUUUAAUCUAAAAUUUUGUUUGUAAAAAUUUCGUGAUACUAACAUAUUUCAAGGAUUGUAUUUUCUUCAUGAAUAAUUGUCACCCAAAAAAGUCGCUAAAACCAAGAAAUAUAUAGCAUUGAAAAUAUUGACCUUUAUACUUUUUUUUAUCGAUAUCAGUAUAAUUGACAAUCACUAGGUUGUGCUUGAUAUACUUUGAUUUGUUUAUCCAAUAUACAAUAUAUUCAUUCAUUUUUAUAACAUUCUUUCCAACUAGCUAUACCCAGCUGAGGUUUGGUACUGUUUAAGAGUGAGUUGAAUGUUAAGAGAGAAGUAUUCCUACUGGCAAAAUAGGACUGUUCCUGAUGUUCACGUUGGUCAGGGAGGGUUAAAGCUUAGUGUCAUCAGUUAGAAGACCUGGCCCUGAGGUUAUAAAAUUGUAUUUGGUAAGAUUUCAUGCUCAAAUAUGGUUUUGUGCUCAACUCAAAACUCAGACUCAUCCGGGGUUAUUAAAAAUCUGAGCAUGUGUUCGUGCUCAACUUGAGCAUGAAAACUUAUGAUCUUAAGGAUGUUUUGGACCGUGCUCAACACCAAUCCGAUGUCAACAAUGGCAGCUCACAUUUCUGCUUGUGUCAUAAACAAAGAGUUCAUUGAGUGAGAGUUGUACUCAGCACAAAAUUGACUUGAACAUUCUUUCUUUAUAACCUUGGGGCCUGGCUUAAUUCUCCACAAGGGUACCAAGAGUAAAGUCCAUACUGUGUCUCAUUGUUAUAACUUUAAUGGAAAAUUGUUAGGAUCAGCAUUACAUGCUGUCUUCUUUCACUACUGAAUCUGAGUUAAUAUUCCUCAGUAUUUUUCACUAUCCUGGGUGAUGUUAUUGGACUUAAAAUUAGAAAAUGGUCUUUUGAACGGCAUUUGGAAGUGAUACACAUAAAGGCGAAAAUUUGUGGAAGCCAACUUCUUUAUUUGAAGAACACGACAUUUGCGAGUACAUGUAUAUUCUUACUCCUUAAUCAGGUCAUUCGUCUGAUGAAUGAGUAAGAAUAUAUUCCGACUCGUCCUGUACCUCAAAUGAAGAAGUUGACAUCCAUAAAUUCCCACCUUGUGAAUAUGGUUACCAUAAAUAUGAUUAUUACUUAUGAUAUUGAGAUGUGAUUUUUUAGAAACAGAUGUUUGCUGUAUACUUUGAAGUGUAAUGAACAUUAAUAUUUCCCCUUCAUAUCAAGUUACAUACUCUGUCAACACAUAGGCAAAGUCUGAGAUAUGUGCAUCAGUUAAAAUGUGGUUAAACUCUAAAUAAGUUUUGAAUAAAAUUUGAUUUUGACUUAUUGUUAGGAUGACUGAUGUGUCAAUUCAAAUUGACAUGGUGUAGAUUCAGUCUUGAUACCAAGUUUAUUUUCCAAACCUUUUUGUAAGUUUUUGAAGCCUUGUUCGAUUUAGUUUACAUGUGUUGUAAACCUCCAAUGAAAUGUCAUAGUAACAGUAAUUGUAUUGUUUCUGUUUGCGAGAUGUCAGUGAAAGUUCGACCUUGAAAACUGAUGAUGAAAAACAAAACAUUCUAGCAAUGUUGAGAAAAAACAACGGAUAUUAAUUGGCAGGGGCAGGCUAUCCAUGUUAAACCAAGUUCACCCAAAUCAUCUAUUCAUUAUUUAUAUUAAGCCAGCAAAUGUUACCCACUGACUGUUUCUCUGCUAUAAUUCACAUGCUUUCCAUUCAUGCUGGUUUCAAGCGUCAUGUAACACUUUGUAUGCUCAAACAAGUUGUCUGUUUAUUACUAAUUCCUUUAACAUUUAUAAAUUUCUUACCUUUUUAAAUCUUGUUGAUCUACUGGGAUGUUUGCUGAUAUUUCACAAAGCUAACAUUCUGAAAGUCAUGUCUGAUUAUUCAUGUUGUAGAAGUUUAGACGGAUGCCUUACAACCAAAGGAUGCAGAUACAACCUUUUCCCUGAUGGUACAAGAAUGCUUUUGCCUUCUCUAUAAUCAUAAACAUUUCUUAGCUUUAUGAAAGAUUUUAAUACGUUUUUUUUGGCAAAUUCAAAUUGAGUUCAUACUGAAAUGUGUUUUCCAACAGUAGACAUUUUGGGCAGGGGAGGUAAUUUGGUAGGUAAUUAGAGUAACCUGCCCUUACUUCCUUAACUGAUUUGGAAAUGGGUGGUUGUGAUUCAAACUGUCUAGUGGUACUCUUGUGUAUUCAUAAGUUUGGCACUAACUGCAUAAAUUUAUUGACAGAAUUCUCUGAAAGUGGUGAUUUGUUCUUUUGGUUGUAAAGGCUAUUCCCAGUCUACACUAUAGUCCUGUUGACUGUUAAUCUGUACCGGUUGUAGAAAGUGCUAGGUGUUUAUGUUUGUAGAAUUGUCUGGUGAUGUUUGUAUUUUUGAUGGCUACUUGAAGUAGAGUUUUUAUUUAUUCAGAAAUGAAAUAAAGGAAGUUUAAACUCA